UAGGCAUCUCACUCUUCUUUUUCUUUUGUUUUUGUUUUGUACAUACGAUGUAUGCGUAUUUACCGUAGUGAACGUGAUUGUACAAAAAUGGGUGGUUGUUGGGCAGAAUUUUGUAAUAAUUCAUCGUCAAAAGGAUAUUGUAUGAAGGUUUUUCCUAGAAAUUGCAAACGUCGUGCGAUAUGGACAAAAAAUGUUGGCCGUAAAGAUUGUACACCUACGAAUAAUUCGUAUCUUUGUGAGAUACAUUUUGCUCCUGAGAUGUGGCAACAAACAUUAAAUGGAAAAAGGAAAUUAAAAAAAGAUGCAGUUCCCACUGUAUUUGGUUUCUUUCUUAAAAAGGAAAAGGUGAAUUAUGAUAUUUCAAUUUUAUUGAUUAAGAAUAGUAAAAGUCAAGGUAUAGAACAAAAGUAUCUAGAAACAACGUUACAAAAAAAUUUUAAUGUAUUUGUAUGGCGUUAUAAAAUAAAUUUAUUUCUCGUGUAG